AUGGUGGAGCUGCGGGAGAUGGACUGCAGCGUGCUUCGGCACCUCCUGCACCGGGGGGACUACAGCGGCGGGAGCUACAACCAAGCCGGCGGCGGCACCACCAUUAGCAGUUCCUCAUCUCCUUCCGCUGGCGGGAAGUGUCUCCUCUUGGACUGCAGGCCCUUCCUCGCUCACAGCGCCGGCUACAUCCGCGGCGCGCUCAACGUGAGGUGCAACACCAUCGUCCGACGGCGGACCAAAGGGUCGAUCAGCUUGGAGCAGAUCCUCCCGGCGGAAGACGAGGUGCGCUCCCGCCUGCUUUCGGGGCUCUACUCGGCCGUAGUUGUGUAUGACGAGCGGAGCCCGCGGGCCGAAUCUCUGCGGGAGGAUAGCACCGUGUCGUUGGUGGUGCGGACGCUGCGCAAGGACACGGAGCACACGAACAUCUGCUUGCUGAAAGGUGGUUACGAAAGAUUCCAGUCAGAAUAUCCAGAAUUCUGCACAAAGACAAAAUCUCUUACAGCAGCCUCUACUUUGGCACCUGUGGAGCAUCUGGACCAUAGCUGCAGUUCCUGUGGGACACCACAGCACGAUCAGGGUGGCCCGGUGGAAAUCUUGCCUUUUCUUUUCCUUGGCAGUGCUCAUCAUGCAGCUCGGAGGGACAUGUUGGAGGCCUUGGGAAUAACGGCUUUAUUGAAUGUUUCAUCGGACUGCCCCAACCACUUCGAAGGACACUUUCAAUAUAAGUGCAUUCCAGUAGAAGAUAAUCACAAAACUGACAUCAGCUCCUGGUUCAUGGAAGCCAUUGAAUACAUAGAUGCUGUGAAGGUGUGUCACGGACGGGUGCUUGUGCACUGCCAAGCUGGCAUCUCCCGAUCAGCUACCAUCUGUUUGGCUUACCUAAUCAUGAAGAAGCGAGUGAAGCUUGAGGAGGCCUUUGAGUUUGUCAAGCAACGCCGGAGCAUCAUCUCGCCGAACUUCAGCUUCAUGGGUCAACUGCUUCAGUUUGAAUCCCAAGUGCUGACCACAUCGUGUGCUGCUGAGGCUGCGAGCCCUUCAGGAACGCUAAGAGAGAGGGGGAACAGCUCCUCCACACCUACGUCCCAGUUUGUUUUCAGCUUCCCAGUCUCUGUGGCAGUGCAUUCCACUUCCAGUAGCCUUCCUUAUCUGCAUAGCCCUAUCACCACCUCUCCCUCCUGCUAGAGUAGAUCUUUGGAGGUGAACACCUAGGGACGUCAAAGGACAGAAUCCUACAGCCCCUACAGCCCCAUUGGCAAUCACUAUAGGCAAUAAAGAACUCUGCCCCCCACUCCCCUACAGCCAAAUGGAAUGCACCAAAGACAGCAAUUAUAAUGGGCAACGUUGCAGCUAGAAUGGAACCUAGUGGGGCAGUCGGUUCCAGCAUGUCCUUUCUUGGCAAGAUGUCUUACCUCAUUUUCUAAAACUAUAUAAAA